AUGAUUUUUUCGCUGAAUUUUGCCGAAGUUUUGUUUGGCGCAAGUUCCAGGGAACUUCAGGAAGGUAAUUUUUUUUUUGAAAAAAAAAAUUUCGAUUUUUGUUUGUUCAGACGUUGAGGAUGAUUUGGAGAUUCUAGAAAUUCCGGUGGAAGAAGAUUUGAAAACUUCUGAAGUUAUAGGAAUUCCAGUGCAAACUUCAGAUGAUUCAGAUAGAUCUGAAGCUUUGGAAUCUGCUCUAGAAGUUCAGGAAGAAUCAGAAGAUCAAGUGCAAACUUCAGGAGAAUCUACAGAAGUCACAGCUGAAUCAAAUAUUCUAGAAGUUAAAGUGGAAACUUCAGAAGAAUCUACAGAAGGUGGAGAUGAAUCUGAAGCUUUGGAACCAUCGGUAGAAGUUCAAGAGGGAUCAGAAGAUCAAGCAACUUCAGGGCAAGCUUCAGGAGAAUCUACAGAAGUCAUAGCUGGAUCUAAGCUUCUAGAAGUUCCAGUGCAAGCUUCAGGAGAAUCUACAGAAGUUAGAGAUGGAUCUGAAGCUUUGGAAUCAGAUUCAGAAGUUCAAGAGGGAUCAGAAGAUCAAGCAACUUCAGGGCAAGCUUCAGAAGAUUCUACAGAAGUCACAGCUGAAUCAGAGGUUCUAGAAGUUCCAGUGCAAGCUUCAGAAGAAUCUACAGAAGGUGGAGAUAGAUCUGAAGGUUUGGAAUCUGCUUCAGAAGUCCAAGCCUCUCUAGAUGUUCCAGUACAAACUUCAGGAGAUCCUACAGAAGUUCAAAAAUCAUCAGAAGUCUCAGAAACAUCUACCGAAGCUCAAGCCGAUCUAGAAGUUCUAGUUCAAACUUCGGAAGCUUCAAAAGUUCCAUCAGAAGUCCUAGAAAUUCAAGUACAAACUUCAGAAGAUCCUACAGAAGUUCAAGAAACCCCAGAUGUUCCAAUACCACCUUCAGUGGCUUCCGAAGCUCCCCAAGAUCUCCAGCAUCAUUCUCCACCCGCCUACCCCCUCCUCAAAAUCUCAAUCCCCACCGAUCUCUCCACCAUCGACCAACAAGACUCCGGACUUCCGCCAGAACCCGAUUUCUUGCUGCCCGAUUGGAAUCUUCCCGACAUCACAACAUCCACUCAUUGCUCAUUCAUCAAAUCGGAAUCGCGAGCCAAGUGUCGCCGGAUUCUGCCGCUCGCGGCAAGUUUGCCGCGAUUCGUCGCGCCGGCGAUUUUUGUCGCGGAAGUGAAAAAAAUUGCGAUUGUGCCGCCGAAGAAGCGGAAGGUUUUGUGAGUUUAAUAUGAGCAAUGCCUGGAUUUUUCUUGAUAUGAGCAAUGGGUUUUUAAUUAAAGAAUUUUUUAAAAAAGUUUAACAUGAGCAAUAUCCUAAUUUUUCGAAUUUACAAAAAUUUGAUAGAUUAACAUGAGCUAUGUCUAAAUUUCCAAUUUAACAUGAGCAAUCCUACAGUAGCCAAAAAAUUUCCCAAAAUGUUCUCAAGGUUUUUUUAAUAUGAGCAAUCUCAUUUUAACUCGAAAAUUUGAUAUAGAGUUUAACAUGAGCAAUUUCUAGAUUCUCAACAUUGAAAUGUUUUUCAAUUAAUUUUUAACAUGAGCAAUCCCUCUACAGUAUCUCUUGCAAUAUUUUUGAAGAUUCUAUGAAGUUUAACAUGAGCAAUCUCAUAUUUUUUGGCGCCAAAACCUACAGUAACCGUGGAAUUUUCGGCGCCAAAAUUGACCUCUUCUUCUUCUUUCUCUUUCUCGUGCCAAAAAUAUCCCACUUUUUUUCAUUUCUCAAUUUUUUUUUUCGUUUCGAAAAAAUUUGUCCAAAGAUUUUUUGAGAAAAGGAGGCAAAAGCAUAUGUUGUUUGUGUAAAGUCGAGUCAUCAAGCUUUUUCGCCGAUUUUUUUUUCGAAACACACACAAAAAAUUCCACCUGAUCUCCAGUUUUUUCUGAAAACUCUGAGCUGAAAAUCAGAAAUCUGAAAAUUUUUGUUCAAAUUUUCAGCUCAUUCCACUUGAUCUAAUUUUUUCUCUGAAAAUCUCUGAAAUUUUUUUGAGCAAAACCUUUUCAGCUGAAAAAUUGAUAUAAACAAAUUGCUCAUUGUGACGUCACCUGGGCCCCAAAAAAGGGGUGUCAAAUUUCAUGCAGGUAGCACUUUAUGUGAUUUUUUGGCGCCAAAAAAAUUGCCGGAAUCAUUUUUUUGUAUGUAGACUAGACUAUAGUCUAGUUUGCUCGUUGAUAUUUAUAGUAAACUAGACUCUAGUUUCAAUAAAUUCAUGCGAAAAGCUUGUUUGAUCAGUAUUCUCUGAAUAAUUUAAACUAGACUCUAGUCCUGACAAAGCAACACAUUUUUGUACCUAGUUUGAUCAUUGAACCUUUAUUUCUAUUUUCUAAACUAGACUCUAGUCUUUUUUGCAUAAAGAAGAAGAGAAAAACAAUAAAUUUUGUCCUUCACACCAAUUUUUCCUUUUUAUUUCGGGUUUUGGUUUGGUUUUUUUCCUUACUUCACUUUUUUAUCGAUUUUUCUGGCUGGUGAAACAUUUUGUGUUCUUUUUGAAUUUUUUUCAGCAAAAAAAUUGAGUAAGAAGAAAAUUGCAUUUUUUUGCGCGGGAAAAUGGAAUUUUGCGAACUUUUGGAACACAUUUUAUUUUUGGGAAAUGUUUAAAAUGUCGUGGAGAAUCUGAAAAUCGAAGCCUCGGACUUAGAAAAUCGAAUUCUCCGUCAAAAAUUAGCCCCGGAACUUUUUUCCCCAAAAAAACUAUCAGCGCCCACUGUUCCUCGAUCGCCUGACCUUUCACCCCAUAAAUUUACCCUCAAAAUGCUGCAAAUUUCCCGCUGAAUCUGAAAAUCACAGUCUUAGACCUAGAAAAUCGAACUCUACGUCAAAAAUUAGCCUGGGAACAUUUUGUUCUGAAUUUUUUUCCAAAAUUUUUUCUGCUCUCACUGUUCCUCGAUCCCCUGACCUUUCACCCUAUAAAUCUACCCUCAAAAUGCUCCAAAUUUCACGGAGAAUCUGAAAAUCAAGCCUUAGGACCUUGAUUUUUGAGCUCAGCAGAAAAAAUUGAGCCAGGAACUUUUUUUUCAAAAAAAAAUAUUUCAAAAAAGUUUGCAUUCACUGUUCCUCGAUCCCCUGGCCUUUCACCUAGUAAUUAUUAUACUGCAAAUGCUCCAAAUUUCCCGCUGAAUCUGAAAAUCAAGCUCUGAGAACUUAAUUUUUGAACUCAGCUCAAAAAAUUGAGCCAGGAACUUUUUUUUCAAAAAAAAAUUUCAAAAAUGUUUGCUCCCACUGUUCCUCGAUCCCCUGACCUUUUAACUAGUAAUUAUUAUACUCAAAAUGCUCCAAAAUUCAUGAAAAACCUGAAAAUCGAAGCCUCGGACCUAGAAAAUCGAACUCUACGUCCAAAAUUAGCCCCGGAACUUUUUUCCUCAAAAAAACUAUCCGCGCCCACUGUUCCUCGAUCCCCUGACCUUUCACCCCACAAAUCUACCCUCAAAAUGCUCCAAAUUUCCCGCUGAAUCUGAAAAUCAAGCUGAAAUUUUCAGAAAAAAGAUGGCUGCCGAGGUGAUUCACCAAAAUGAGCCGCACUGUUUUUCGACAACAAAUGUGGAUAGACCCUUCAAACUUCUCGUGCAAAAAGAGACGUUUUUGAUUGAUGCUGAUUCGAUGAGUCGAAUUAGUCCGGUAUGUUUAUUAGCAUCGUGAUCAGCGUUAAAUUCUGACCCAGAAACAUAUAAAAAUCAAAAAAAAAACAUCGCGGGCACCCGGGAUCGAACCCGGGUGUCUCGAGCAGUAACCAAAGCUUUAACCAGUUACACCAUCUCUCACAUAGCUUGCUUUUUUCAUAGAAAAAUAGGCUCAAAAUGAUCAGAAUUUCACAGAGAAUUUGAUGACGAUAAAUUCCAGAGAAAAUCUGAAAAUUUUCAGAUUUCUAGAGCUCUCUGAAAAUUCUAAAUAUCACCAUAAUGAUCAGCACAAAAUUCUGACCAAAAAAACCUAUCAAACAAAAAAGUUCGCGGGCAUCCGGAAUCGAACCCGGGUCUCUCUCCCACUAACCAAAGCUCUCUGCCAUUGCACCACACAACGCUCUCCGCGUUUUUCACGUUUUCACGUUUUUCUCCCGAUUUCUCAGGUUAAACCUAGUGAUGUGACCCCUUAAAAUGCUCAGAAUUUCACGCUGAAUCUCACUGAAUCAACAGAAAUUCAAAAAUAAUUUUUUCAGAUCUUCAAUUUGAUGUGUUUCGGUAAAGACUUCGAGAAAAUGGAUCUUUCUCGUGAAAUCGUCGACGAAAAAUCGAAAGAUAUUGAUUGUUUUUUGCGAGCUGUACAUGACACUUCUACUAUUAACUGUAAGUUUUUGGCUGUAAUUCUGAAAUUCCAGAUUUUUUUCAGCCUCAAACUUUGCUCUGGUGCUCAGAUUAUCAAAUAAAUAUCAGGUUGAGACAAUUAUCGAAGCUUGUCAGCAAUUUAUCCUCAGACAACAGUUAGAGUAAGUUAUUUAUGAAAAAAGUUCCCAUGGGGGUUCGAACUUGUGACCCUUCAAUUGCUAGGCAAAUGGUUUACCCACUUGACCAAAUAUGCAAAAUCUCAAUUUUCUUCGAAAAACCCAUAUUCUUGCUCAGAAUUUCACGCUGAUUCUCGUGGUGCUAUUCAUUUUCUUUGAAAAUUCCCAGGAGGUUAGAUCUCGAACCAGUGAUUUUCAAGGAAAAUGCUUAGCAUAGUGUUGCUCAGCGUGAAAUUCUGAGUAAAAUGAGCUAUAUAACUCCUAGAUUUAGAGAAAGUGUUUAGAUGGCGCAGUGGGGAAAACACGCGUCUAUGGAGUUAAAGGUCGCGGGUUCGAUCCCCACGGUGAACAUUUUUGAAAUUUGGUGUCUUUCGAUGCAGAAUUUCACGCCGAUCACGAAUCUGUGGCUCAAAAUGGAAGAAAAAAUUUCAGAGUGCUAAAACCCGAUGAAAUUCUGACAAUGCUCAUCGCCGCCUACGAACAUCAUUGUCAAAAAGAUGUUGUGCAGAAAUUGAUCAGAAGAUUGGCUUCAGAAGGCAACACGGUGUUCACAAAGUUGCGAAUUUCGCGAUUUUUACCAGCUCAGGUGAGAUUGACGUGAAUUUUGUAGGUGCUGACGCAUUUUUUGCAGGUCUACGGUUCCGUAAUUUCUACCUCAAUGAAUUUGAAUCAAGUCAGAGAACAUGAAACAAUGAAUGGUCACGUGUUAAAAUUGGAAAGGUACAGUACCCCUUGCCCCUACAGUACCCCCUACAGUACCUAUUUUUGUAGAUCAAAAACUCGAUGGCGUCAAUCAGUGUGUGAUGAGUGCAAAUCCGUAUCAGAAUGUGCGAAUUGUGAGGAGUGCAAGAAGAGCUACUGUAGACGCCACGUGGCAGACAAAAAAUGCUCGAAUGACUACGGUUUGAAGCUGUUGGCGGAUCUCAAGAAGAAAAUUGUCGAUUUUGAGUGGACCGAUUGA